GGAAAUCGUUGAUCCUUUCGCGAUCGGUCGCAGUGGAGUUUAGAAAAGCGAUUAUCGACACCAACCCCAGGAGGAGUCGUCGAUCGUGUCGGACGACUUUGUCGCCGGUCGGGGAUGCAGCUGUGACGGUUGGAUCGUCGUACGAUUUUCUCCGAGUCAGAUCCUCCUUGUUGAUUCUCCAAUGAAUGCCAGCAGUGGAUUUCCGAACGACAGGAUGUCCAACAUCUACAACAAUUCGGUGGUUCGAUUCUACGACCACAUCUUCAACGAUCUUUCUGAUCCGCGAACGAAGGACUGGUUCCUCAUACGAUCGCCAGUGCCUGGACUCAGUCUUCUGAUCGGCUACCUCUACUUCUGCCUAUCAUGGGGCCCACGUCAAAUGGAACACAGGAAACCGUACCAGCUGAAGAACAUUCUCGUCGUCUACAACUUCCUCCAGGUCCUGGUCAGCUGUUGGCUGUUCUACGAGGGCCUGGACGGAGCCUGGCUCAAGGACUACGACUGGAGGUGCCAGCCCGUCGACUUUUCAACUUCUCCAGACGCACUCAGAGUCGCCAGAGGUGUUUACGUUUACUUUCUGGCGAAGAUUUCCGAACUGCUGGACACGGUUUUCUUCGUUCUUCGAAAGAAAGACAGCCAAAUCACGUUCCUCCAUUUGUACCAUCAUACCGUAAUGCCGAUGGUUUCGUGGGGUGCGACUAAAUACUACCCUGGUGGCCAUGGCAUCUUCAUAGGGGUGAUCAACAGUUUCGUGCACAUCAUCAUGUACACGUACUAUCUGCUAGCUGCCCUGCUACCUCAGUACCAAAAGUACCUGUGGUGGAAGAAGUACAUCACGACCCUUCAAAUGGGGCAAUUUUGCUUGGCGUUCCUGCACAGCUGCCAGUUGCUGAUUUACGACUGUGACUACCCGAAGUGGUCCGUGUUCCUGGUCCUUCCGAACGCGAUAUUCUUCUACUUCCUGUUCGCUGACUUUUACAACCAGGCUUACAAGCCUGCCGAAAACGAAACGAGGACGAAAGAGGGCAAAGAGAACGGGGUAGCGAAGCAAGCGACGAACGGGAAUUUGCAAAACGAGAAGGGUAAGACUGACUAAAGUCUGGGACACGAGGAACUUCAACGACAGGACAAGAUGAAGAACCGACCAGGACGCUUGCGAGUCGCCAUUGGUUUUCCGUUCAACGCAUCGAGGCUCCAGCUGUGAAACGGUGACGUUCAGUCGCGAGAGAAGAACACAUUGCUGGACAAAUAGACUGUAUAACGCACCACGUUGAGUCGCAACAGAACAUUUUUCCGACAGAAAGUAAAGUUUUCUCUGAUCACAACUCAUCGAACAUCGAAUGGACGAACUUGCAAAUCGGCGGUAACCGAGGGGAAUUGAGUGCUCUGACAUUAGUUCACGAGCAACGAUCGCUUCUCGAUUAUCGCUUUUGAUUGUCCGUCGUCGGCUAACAAAGAACAUGUGCAACACUCCACCCCCCUCUUUAAUUUGGAUUUAACUGAUGUAGGAUGUAAGGAAAUUUAGUCUUAUUAGCGAUGAUAAUUGAAGUGAGGGGUGAAACGAUUCUUCAAUGGUUUCGAGAAAUAGGAAAUCUUAUAUUUUCAUGA